GCAGCGAGAACUUUCUGCUGAUGGAGGACCCCGAAAAGAAACUGAAUCAGAAGGGCGACGACAAACCCAGAAAAGUACGAUUUAAAAUCUCCUCUUCCUACAGUGGCCGAGUGUUGAAGCAGGUGUUCGAGGAUGGGCAGGAAUUAGAGUCACCCAAAGAGGAAUACCCUCACAGUUUUCUCCAGGAAGCCCUUGAACCAAUGGAUGGGGUUUAUGGGUCAGGGGAAGCCCCUAAGCCCCAGCUAUACUCCCCUAAGUUGACGGCUCAGAGGAUCAGCGUGUUCAGGGAUGGCAGUGCCUACGCUCUGGCGGGGAGCCAGCCUCUGUUCAAUGACUACAAGGCGAAUGACCAUAAGCCUCCACCUAUUAUAGACUUUGGGAAGAUAAUCAUCUAUACAAACAACCUGAAAAUCAUCCGAACCCCGAUGGACAAAAGGGACUUCAUGAGGAAAAUCCUCCAGAAGGAAGAGGUUGCGGAGGAAGAGGCUCUGAUGAGCACAGGAGAAAAUGAUGGCGACAGGGAGCAAAAUGACAGUCCCCUGCUGGAGACCGAAGGCACAUUUCUCCACAAUCAGCACACACAGGAUGGGUUGGUCCCUGAGGACAACUGUCUCCACUGCCAGGGGUCCGGCAUCGCCACCUGCUCUCUGUGCCAUGGCAGCAAGUUCUCAAUGCUGGCUAACAGGUUCAAGGAGUCCUACCGAGCCCUCAGGUGCCCUGCCUGCAACGAGAACGGCCUGCAGCCUUGCCGAAUUUGCAGCCCGUAGUUAGUCUGCAGCCCUGGUUUUCACAUCUGCUUUCAUUGCACUCUCACAUGCUACUCCUAAUAAACCGUCCCUCUUCCUCCUGUUUCUCUCAGAAAGGGAGCCGCGGCAGCUGCAGUCGCUCCAACCACUGGCAAAUCUCAAAUCAUUUGAUGGCAUUUUGUGGAGCCGGUAGCACCUCUGCAUGGGUCUAAGUAACAGGGGCACUUUUGAAUUAGAAUCUGCUUUGGAACUGGAUCUAAAAUUAUCCUUCCAGGAACACGUGCGUGCGUGCCUCUCAUUUGAUUUAGCUCAGUCUUCCCCUUGCACCAGUGAACAAAUAAAUAAAUGUACCCUUCAGGCAGCAGGUUGAAGUCAUUUUCCGGGCUGGGAGUUAUUUUGCAAAAAUAAUGUGGUGAGAAAGGAAUCAAGAAGUGGAUUUCCAAUGAACCAGAUUCUUGUUGCUCAUAAUGCAAUGAAAUUGUCAUUGGUCAAAUUGAAUUUCUAAUGAAGCAGAAGAGGGGAGGUACAGCCGACACUGGUGGUCCUGGUCCUGGCAGGCCUCUGCCAGCAAAAUAGCAUGCUCAUCCCAGAGACCGUGAGCUGAGGAGGCCCUCUUUCUGUAGCUGCUCCUAAGUGGCAGAGUGCUCUGGCACAGGCUAGGCAGGCAGGUAGAUGCACUCCCACUCAGGUGGGGAUGAUACAUGAUAUUUUUGUGUGCCUCUACCUGGUGAGGUUAUAAGCCACGCCAAACCUAUUUGUGAUAAAUUUGGUGCUCAAGCACGUAUUUGUGAUAAAAAUUCUGCCAGCUCCUUAGUAAAUUACCAAAUACACAGGUCUAUUUCAGGACUACGAUCUAGCCAGCGUCUCUUUAAAACGGACAGCAGGUGUUCUGUGCUGAUCUAAGGAAACUCUAAGAGAAAAACCAAGAGGGCUGAUAGACAUUGUGUUUCUACCGCCCACGCAUGCGCAUGUGAAGGGUGACUCUUCCCUCUUAAAGACGGUUAUUAAGUUUUAAAACCACGCUUGUUGAUGAACUUUUGUAGCUUGCACACCCACUCUCCACACUCAGAGAGAAUGACACCGAAAUCCGUUACCUAGCGAGACUGGCGGCUUAUCUCCGAUAAUAGUUCUGACUUCGUAGCUUAGUGAUUCUUCAAGGUUUGUCAUUCUCUUAGACUCUGUUAAAUCAACGGUGGGUUGCACGUGGACG